GUUGGUCUGCCCCGCAUCGGUUCGUUCCUCGUGCGUGCGUGUGUGCGAGCGCGCUCGCCUCUCUUUCGGUCGCGUCGUCUGCUAGCACGUCGGAGCACUCGCCGUUCGCGUCGUCUGCUAGCGCCGAUAGUUCUCGGUUUGCCUGGAACACCCCCCCAAGCUGCGACGUUGUCGGCAAUUCAGCGCCUUCGCAGUGCACGGAACUUUUUUUCUUUCCUUCGCUGACAGACCACCGGUAUGAUGGACAGGCCUACCGGGCUGAUUGACGGCUCGUAAGCCUGAUUCGCUCGCCUUGACGUCACUGAAACCUUGGUCGCCUUCGGUGUGUCGUGAUUAGGAUUCGCUAUUCGGCCUCCGAGCCUUGAAGUCCCGGUGCCUCCGACGUGGUCGAAAUUCUGUCAGUGCGUGCAACCACCGGCCCCCUCUCUCCUGACCAAUCCACGUUACGAUUUUGUCAGCAGCUGGUAUGGAGGCUGCCAUUACGGCUGACUGCAUGCAUUGACCUGGUGUGAUGCUGCCACAAUAUUUCUCGCCCGUACUGUGAUUGGUGCUGUGUGUCCAUUUGUGUUGUGCUGUAGAGCCCCGAGGAAUUCUGAGCACUUCAGGUUCUUUUUUCCCCGUGACGAGAAGAGCUGCACUGAGCAGUGUUCUCAUUGUCGUCGCCGUCCCAGUUUACGCUUCCUUCAUUUUUUUUAUAUCAUCGGUGUUCGUGUGCCCUCGUCACUACAAACUGCGGCGUGUGUGGAUGCCCGUGACACAUUUUUGAUGACGAAUAAGGAUAUCACCCGUUUGCCCUGGCAACCCUGGUGAUUUUGAGGGCCCCGUUCGAGCCCUCUGUCUAUCCCAUCAAAAUGACUUUGGAAGAUGAGCGCAUGAUGGACCAUGAAGCAGAGCUCGAGGCGGCCAUCAACCUCUCGACAGGACAGACCACGGCUGCCGUCCGCGCGUCCAGCGCCACUCCGACCACCAACGGCGUGGCACACGAGGACGACAUCACCGCUCAGACACCGCUGGGCACGUCCAAGACGCAGCAGUUGCACCUGCAGCUUCAGCAGCGCGCUGCGGCGGCCGUGGCGGCGGCCUCCUCGGCGGGCGGCUGGCCGGGCGGAGGCGACUCCAAGGGCGCCCUGCCUCAGGGUGCCGGCGGGAACACCGGCGGCGGGGGCAACGCCGGCGGCGCACCGAUGGGAGGCAGCAGCCCGGACCUGUCCCCGCUGCUGGUGAUGAACAGCCUGGCCCAACAGCAGGUGCAGCAGCUCCUGCAGCAGCAGCUGCUCUCGCCCGCCCAGCUGCAGCAGAUUCUGGCCUCGCAGCAGCAGACCUUCCUCUUCCAGCAACAGCAUCAACAGCAGCAGCAGCAACAGAAGCAGCUGGAGACGGUCAUCCCGCACCUGCAGGAGCAACUCCAGUUCAUCAUGGUCCAGCAAAGCCAGGUCCUGCAGCAGCUCAACGGACUCAACAGCGGCUCUUCCUCGUCCCACGGAGGAGCUGCUAUCGCCUCUCAGGACGCAUCCCCCGGCGGCGGCGGCAAGGGGUCGGCGAGCGGCAAACCGGGGCGACAGCAGCUCCAGCUGCAGCUCCAGCAGCUGGCGCUCCAGCAGCACCAGAUCAUGCAGCAGCUGCAGUUAUCGCACCGACAGUACCUGCUCGGGCUGCCGCCGUUCCUCCUGCCGCAGGCCCUGAACACAGACCUGCAAGGGCUCUGGAAGGACGGCGUCGCCUCGAGCCUAGACGUCGACGGCGGGCCGCUCAAGGGCCUCAACGGCCUCCUGGGCUCGGCAGCCGCCGCCGCCGCAGUCGCUGCUCAACAGCAGCAACAGCAGUCUCAACAGCAGCAGCAGCAUGGGCCCCCGGGGCCGCCUCUGGGCAUGCCCACGGCGCAGCAUCCGCCCACCACGCAGCAGUCCUCGGCUGCGCGGCUUGUCAACGGCAACAACACGGUUCUGCAGAGCGCCCUCCAGGGACUCCAGUCGUCCCACCAACAGCAGCAGCAGCAGCUUCAGCAACAGCAGCAGCAGCAGCAACACUCCGCCUCGAUGGGCUCCCUGUGCCACGGGCCCAGUGAGACGGGCUCCGCGUCUUCGUCGCCGUCCACGUUCCAGCAGCAGUUGGGGAAGGAGGAGAGGUCUUCCGGUGCCAGUGGUGCCAACAACGGGCACGCACUCUACGGCCACGGCGUCUGCAAGUGGCCGGGGUGCGACGCCGAGUGUGAAGACUACCAGGCCUUUGUAAAACACUUGAACACUGAACACCAGCUGGAUGAUCGAAGCACAGCGCAAGCCAGGGUACAGAUGCAGGUAGUGUCCCAGCUGGAACUGCAGCUCGACAAGGAGCGAGACCGGCUCCAGUCCAUGAUGGCGCACCUUCACAUGAAGCCGCCCAACGGCAGCCCAUCUGGCUCUGGCAACAAGGAUUCGCUGUUGUCGUCCACUCCCAAGCCAGCGACGUCCUCACCUCAGGCGCUGCUGCCCAUCAGCCCGAGCCCGCCGCCCCUGGCGAUGAGCAGCCCGCUCAUGACGAGUCGGCUGCUCGGGCUGCCUUCCUCCACCCAGGCGCCGGGCUCGGGUCCCAUUCGGCGCAGGCUGAGCGACAAGGGCGUGUCUCCGCUGUCGGGUAUGGAAAUCGCAUCAUUACCCGACUCACCCAUACGACGAAGGGUUGCGGAGAGAGCUAACUUGGAUAUCACUGAAGAGAUCCAGCGAAAUCGAGAGUUUUACAAGUCUGCGGACGUUCGGCCUCCCUUCACAUAUGCCUCUCUCAUUCGGCAGGCCAUAAUUGAAUCUCCUGAUAAGCAGUUAACGCUGAAUGAGAUCUACAACUGGUUCCAGAAUACCUUCUGCUACUUCCGUAGGAAUGCUGCAACUUGGAAGAAUGCGGUGAGACACAACCUGAGCCUACACAAAUGUUUUAUGCGUGUUGAGAACGUUAAAGGGGCUGUGUGGACUGUGGACGAAAUAGAAUUCUACAAGCGUAGGCCCCAGCGACUCCAAGAUCGGAUAGCAGGGGGCCUACCAGUGCCUUCCCAGCAAGUAGGACAGAGAUCGGUCCGUAGUCCGAACCUCCAGCAAAGUCCGGGUCUGUACGGAGAGUCCCUUAACGCUUCACUGCAAGCAGCGCUGGCCGAGAGCAACCUGUCAUUCCUCAGUGCAGCUAUUUCCGGCACGGCGGUGAGCACGGCGGCGUCCAUUGCGGGUGGCGUAGUCAUGCCCGGGGCUCGGCCGCCGAGCGCAGGCAACGGACCCCUCAGCAGCCCGGUAGUCUCCUCAGGCGGGCUGCUGCCCGCCGCCCCACAGCUCCACGGGGACGCCGCAGCUGCGGAGCGAUUCGUCGCCGGCAUGCUCGGCCAGGGACUCGCGGGGGAGAGACUCACCAGCAAUGGCGUCCACAUCAAGCAGGAACCAGUGGUAGAAGAGCCCAGCAGUGACCUGGAGGAACCCAUGGAGGCCACUCCCGACCAACUGGUCACGGGCUCCGUGCUCGAAGACGACCUGGGAAGUGACGAGGCGCCACGACCCUCUGACGGCUUGGACGCCGCGAUCGGUGGCCGCGACUCGGCCACCGAGCGGGAGGACAACGAGGAAGCCGAGGACUUGUCCCUAUCUUCGUCCACGACAACCCCCUGCGAGACGCCAGUCUCGAACUCGACGUAGGACAUUGCCCCCUCCCCUCUUCACCCGCUCCCUAUACUCCCCACACCAGUCAGUCCUCCAUCCUUCCAGCCUCUCCGAGAGAGGUCGCGCGGCUUUGCCAGCAUCACGACAGAGCAAACAAGGAUUGUCCCCCCCCCGACCCUCCUCCAUGGCACGAAUUUCAUUUCGUCUCCACGCAGCCGCAGCAGCAGCACCAACGCCAGAGCAUUGUCACUGUAGCAGUUGACGAAUACAUCUCUAUCGCACCGGUACCUCAGUAAACACGAUUACCUCAGUGGGAAGGGCGACGAGUUGUUUUCCGGCAAAGACAGGUGUUUUCCCCUUUCUUUCCAGGCUGUGGUUGUUUUACGGCGGACUGUUUGACGCGGAGCGUUAGUCGAGACCGCAAGUGGGAUGGGGUGAGAAGGAAACCGGUUCGGCUCUCUGCUUAAGGAGUGGCAUAAGAUGCCACCUUCACGGACGGUCGUAUGAGUUGCUUGUUCGGUGGAAGAUGUGCUAGCACGCCUGUUGGCAAGCAGUGUGUGCAUUGGACUUCGUUGAGUCAACUCCGAAGGCAUAAGGCACCCAAGGUGCAUCGCCACAUAAUUUAUUCGUUGAGAUGACUAAGCAUUUUUUGGGUUCAGCUACGUGCAUAGUGUUCAAAAGCAACGCCUUAGCUCACAAGGCCACCUCAUUUGCAGCGAUGCAUAUACAACCAGAAUCGUAGGUCCCUCCUGAACUUCGUGGAGGAAUCGCUGUUGCGCAGUUUUGUGUUAUCUGUAGUGGUGCCACAGGGCAUACUGACGCAAUAAGAAAAUUUCCCACACUUCUUACGCUUUUCAAAUUGAAACCCAGUAGCGAACAAAAUGAAAUUCGGUUUCACCUCUGUGUAAUCCUGAGUAGCAGCAAAGCUCUAGAAGGAUGAAAAGAGGUAUCACACUGCUUGCACAGCAAGUGUCGAUGCCCAUAUGCUUUCCAACCGCCAGUUUGCAGGAAAGUAUGGGGGCGAGUUCAGGUGUAGUCUUCGGAAUAACGUGUCAAAGUGCUGUUCACGAUCCCUCCAAGCUAUCUCUCUCCAAGUUUGCCCUCCAAGUUGGCACGACAUUCUUAAACAAGCAGGUCAAGAAGAGUUAACCGGCCCGAUAGGAAGGCAGUGUGUUUGAGAUGCUCACGCACCCUUUGCAAUGCAGAAGGUUGGCAUUGAUCGAAUGGAAGCAUUGCGUUGACAGCGCAGCGUCCUUGCAGGUUCUAGCCGAAGAGCCUCGGGGAAAAAAAAAUGUUCCUCUGUGCAUAUCGUUCGGCACUGUUACUACGCAGUGUCAGCUUUUACUAGAUACAAGACGAAACGCGAGAAAAAAAGCGCGAUCGAUGAACCGACACAAAAGAGAAAAAAAAAAGUUGUAAAAGUUACCACAUAUAGUGUACUUCUCCAGUGUUCUCCUUCUUCCCCUUGUUUUGUGUGUAACAAGAAACUAUAGUGCUACGAUGUCACCUUUUUGCAGUCUUCGUACUAAGUAACUUAGAGAGAGGCAGGUGGCAGUUACAUUGUGUAGGUGGUAGCGAUAACCUUUGGUAGGAGUCUGUCUGGUGCACUUGACCUUUCCGCGGACUCGCAUUUGUGGCAAAGCUCGUCGUCUCGGAAGGUUCGAGCUUCUCAUUGUGGGGACUCUGUCAUCGAAAUUGCACACCCCGAAACCCCCCUCCAAGAAGUGUCUGUGUUUCUCGAUGAAAAAGUGUGAACGUUUGCCCACUGAUGUCGGGAGGAUUUUGUUUCUGCUUGCACCUCCCCUUUGUCACUUGUUCUGAUAUCGGUGAACCUGAUAUGAUCAUCAUUCUUGUGUGUAUCGUUUUCAAUGUGCCGUAGCCCUUGAGGGCCUGUGGCACCUCCGAUUGAUGUGUCAUAGUUUAAAUAUAAAUGAAAGUGACAUUCGACAGUGUCGUUCAGGCCAAUGAAGUGUACUUGUACUGUUGAGUUGGUUCAGUGCUUCACUAAGGACAGCCUAAAUAAUUUUGUUUUCUUCCUGAUCAGCUUUUUGUUCACUGCUUAUCACAUGCAAAGGGUCAUCUCAAACAUUGCCCGGCAUCCCGCGCGAGCCUCUAAACAAAUCUGCUUUCACAGCAUCACAUUUUGUUUCCCAUUCAUGUGUACAAACGAAAGAAGACAACGCUGAAUCAUCGCUACCAUGUUUUUUUGUGCACGUCAUUGGUUUCAUUUCAUUGAAUUUCAUGUUUUCUUUCUCAUCUAUGUUGCCACAUUCUGCAAUCGUGUCACCAUCACAUCACGUGAACAAUGACUUUGCAUUCCUAACGACCAAGCGGGCUGUCCACGUUGUCGUGUGUGCCGUGUGCUGUUGGUAUCCCGAUUUUUCAGACUUGCUUUAUUGCUCAAUUUCUUUCUCGGUAUUCUUUUCUUUCUUUGCGACAAUUGCUUUUUCUUAGGUGCCUACCGCUUUUGUCAAGUUUCGUUCUUUUACACCGCAGCCUGCUCGUCAGCAUGCUACAGUUUGGCUGCUUGUUUAUAAUUGUUUCUUUAUUUUGUUUUUCUGCUUUGCAUUUCUGAGCACCGCAUCUUGUCCGAAACACCGAGUGACUUUAGUUAGCGCAUAGUCCCCUUUUUAAUAAUUUACAAAUAGAGUUUAUAUCUGCUGCACCAGAAAUACAAAGAUUUUAAUGCUGCUGAUAGUUUUUCGAAGUGCUCUAGUACUUAUUUAGCGUAUUUCUAUUGCUUUGUUUCUAUUCAAAGUUUAAUGUCCGAUACUUUGUAGUAGCGUUUUCUAUUUUUUGUCUCUAAAGAAAGUGAGAGCCUGCAAGAAAAGAAAAGGCUAAGGAAUGAGUGUUCUAAGUGAAAGUUUUGUCCUUAAGGUAUUUAUUGACGAUUGUACAUAUUAAUUAUUCUGGCGUGCCCUCACGCCAGCGGAGGAUGGUAAAGUUUUUCUUCGAUACCAGUGUAAGCUCUGUAUGGCGUCAUGUUCAACUCAUUCUAUUUCGUGCAUGUUGUGUUUGCAUUUCGCAUAGUCACGACCUGGCAAACUCACACUCUUCACGUAGUGUCAAGCUCUUCGUCAUACUAUUGGUGGCUCGCUAGUGUCUUUUUAAAAAGCACUAACAGUACGCAUUUCAAGUAGAUGGCUUUCUUUGGAUGCGUGGUGAAGGCAUGUGUUACGUUUGCAUCUGAAGCACUCAAAAAAGAAACACUGAAAGAUACUGGUGAUUGCUUGUUUGUUUUGUUCAUUUUUUUUCUUACGUGUUCUGUUGUCCCUUGUGUGUGUUUAUGUUGUCUUCUGGAAUGGUGUUAACAUCUUCAUUUUUCUCCCCAGUCACUCAUUAGAAGCAGUGUGGUAGUGUUUCGAGCCAGUCACUUUCAUGCAAACCAUACAUAUCACUUCAUGCUUCCACGUACUUAAAGAAAAAAAAAAGAAAAAGAACCUGCAUCUUUGCAAAAUCACAUAUCCACAUGUUGUCAAUACAGUAUUUUUUCCCUGAU